UCCUCGGAACAUCACCGUUGAAGAAAGACCUGAUGAAUUGAAGGAACCAACAUGGUACAAAGAACUAGCCCAUUUGCAGAGCCGUCUUCCGGCGAUGAAAGCACACGGUCUAAACACACGGGGAGGAGAGCAACGGUAUACGACGCCGCAGCAGGUAGAGUAACACAGUCCGGUUUCUUGGGUCUGAAAACGUUCGAGCAAAAGCGCGCCAAUCAGCCUCUCCGCCCGGACGAGGUUCUCUUCAAGAAACUCAGCGCGCCAACCCGUUAUGAGGAGACUGACUACUACUAUGCGCACAAGAAUCUUCCAUCGGAUCAAAAGUUACCUAGUGGCGACCUAUUGAGUGCGCUACAUGCAUACAUUUCAAAGCUCUUUGACCGAACUGAAGAGGACGGGAAGGAGAAGACCUGGAAGUGUAUGGACGAGACGGCACUUAUCGCUCUCGGGAUCCUGAUGGAAGAAGUGGCGAAAGAGGUUAUGGGCGAGACGGGUGAUCUUGCUCUGCUUGAGGCUGCGCGAACUGAUGAGGAGAGGGCAUUUGCGGGUUUGCCUCCAGAGCAACCGAACAGUCCGCAACUAGGGGAAAUACUCGGUAAACAGCUUGGCGAAGAUGAUAAGGCGUAUUUGAUGCGUCUGAUUGAGAGCGAACGAAGUGGGGAUCGAAAAGAAUAUGCUGAGCGCAUGCUUCAGAGGCUUAGGAAAGAUGAGGAGGCUGAAUACCCCUAAAGGGUGCGCUCGGGAAGCCAGGCCCGUCGACGUUACUCAUCAUCAAGAAAUCUUUAGAAUAGCCGAAGCAAAGUAGCUUCCGAAGGUACUUGCCAUUUCUAAAAGUUAAGGGCUUAGCGGUCUUUCUAAGGCAGGCACGUCUGGACGAAACCCCACCUCACCAUCCGUGCCGAGCGAAUCUCUGUCACUUCCCCGA